ACACAUUCCUUUACGUUGAUGUCAAGGUAACAGCGCCUUUCAUUCAUGAAGACGAAUUCUUUGCACUUUAGUCGUGUGUCUGAAUGAUUAUGAUUACUCAUUUAUAGAUUGUCACCUAACCAUUGCCAUCAAUCACUUCUUAAUCUCAACAUCACACACAUAAAAAAAGGUUUGCUGGCGUAUGGCAGAAAUUUCGCAACACUCAUGCAUCCCUAAAAACCCAGUAUCACGAAGCUGAGGUCACACACAGAAAAUAUCAUUGGUUGUAAAGACUGUUGUGUGAUGUACAACACUACGCUUUUGUGCCAACAGUCAGCUAUAAUCUGGAUCAACCCGUGUUUUACAUAGGCAGCUGGCGCACAAGACUCACCGGUAUUGAUACCCUAUUGACCACACGAUUGAAUACUCUGUCUCUCAUGAUUUAUUUGCACCUCAUCAGCUAUGGUCAUUCUUCGCUGCUCACGGUAGUGCUGCUUGAAGCAGACGAAUUGAUUGACAGCUCUGCCGUUUCCUUGAAGUCCUCUUCACUCAUCACAUAACGGACUUCACCACGGGAUUUCAUGCGUUCCAUGACCUCUUCGACGGAACAGUUGAAGCACUCCACGCUAAUUUCAAUCUUGGGCCGCAUGCCGAUUAGGUUCAUAAUCGAAGCCUCAGAGACUAUGUUCGGUAGGUCUCGAUUCUCUGACUUCCUUCUUACGAGGGUGCUCUCUUUGAGGUCUCUGUCUCCAACGGCGUCCUCGCAAUGGCCAUCACCACUAAGGUUCUUGUUCUCGCAGCCGAGAUUCCUCCAGCCAACCACCGACUUGCUAGCCUCUUUCCAGUUGAUCUUCGCGCUCUUGGUCUUGAGGGAGGACUUGUCGCUCGGGUCUUCUGGAAGGCAGACGUCGCAGAGACCUUCCAGUGGGGCCUCGGAGCACCGGUGGAUGCAGUGCUGGCCGAGGACAAAGUCUUCCGGGUUCGUCUCCGAGGCUUGCGUGUUCAAGAAACAUCGGGUUCUGGACGGCUCCAUGUCGGCGGCUGGAGGACACCACGUUGGACAAGCUUCGCGAUCGGAAUGCUCCUCGUCUUCUUCUUCUUCUUCGUCAAGCAAAAGAUGGCCCUGAGCCACUAAGGACAAUUGGGCGUAAUAACACCGGUGUGGCGGUGAUGAGAUGUGAGGCCAGGUUAGGCACAGGUGAUAACUAACAGUCAUGAGACUAUGCAUGGACAAGUGAGUAUGUAUGUAUGUAGGAAUGUGCAUACGUGAAAAUGUAUGAGGAGCUCGUUUUCUUCGCUGUCUAGGCUCCGUCUACUCUCUCUUUAUUUUUCGCUAUGUGGAUGCAAAACACAUAUUUUUCCCCCUCUUUCUUAAUUUCGCAACUUCAAGGAGCACGGAAAGACUCUAGAAAAAAAACAACGUUAGGAGUAGUAGAAAUUAGAACUACAAGGAUACACAUUCACACAAAAAGUACGAGUGCAGUGCGUGCGGUCCUGCACAAGAGAGAGUUCGGUCUCGCGGGUCAGAAAUGUUCGUUACUUCGGCUUCCUAUGACGUCACGUCUUCCGCCCAAUAGUAACGCACGUGCGUUUUCCCUUUCUUUCUUGUUGCGGUUGUAUGUGGCAUCACCCUUCCCACAACGGACCGGCCGCCUUGGCCCCUCCCCGUAGCAGACGAUCCUCUGCAGCCAAUAAGAGUGCUCGGACGAUGUGACGUCGCAACACGCCAGAAGGAGCUGGGAGUGGUCGCCACUGCUGCGCGCAUUCCGGCCGCUCUGGGAAAAAAAAAUGCCACCAUCGGACCAAACGCACCAACGAACGAAACUGACAUACGGUGGACUUCCCCUUACCAAGGAACUGCGCACCACGUGAGCUCUCCAUAGACCUGCAUCCCGUGAGCUGUGACGUCACCGAACAUCUGGCCAAUCACAUUAGCAGCUGAAGGGGAAUGAGGGCAAACGGGAGCGGGACUGUGCAUCGAAAACGCCAGUGGAAAGGUUCCUCGUCUCGGUAUACAGACACGUUCGACUAGUGACGUAUAUAGAUACCGACAGUCAAGGCCGCCGUGAACUGUCCGUCAAGCCAGUCUCGAUGUUUCCAGAGAGACUGCCCGCUUCCAGUCCAAGGGGCCUCCCUGUGGAAUGCGCUGCUCCGUCCGGGGUGAAGAGAAGGUGCUUCUGUCGGAUUGAUACAGUUUGAGCCGACCUGCAGCGGAGGAGCUACAGAAGUGUUUUGUGCAACAGCUCUUCUUCUGUGCGAUGGAACCUGUCACAACAGAGCCCUUGCUGCCACCGGUCGUUGCGACGUCGCAGGAUGCACAGGGGCUCGUCUACUUGUGGGCCUUCAUCGGACUGUUGGGUGUGUUGGUGCUCUGCCUGGUAUUGCUCAAGCUGUACACGACACUGACGAUGGGAUACUGCACGUCGACCAGGAUGAUGACCGGCAAGACAGUAAUAAUCACGGGGUCCAAUACAGGCAUCGGCAAGGCAACGGCCAUGGAGCUGGCAAGGAGGAACGCCCGGGUCAUCCUGGCUUGUCGGAACAUGGACAAGGCUCGAAAGGCGGCGGAGGAAAUCAGGCAAGAGACUGGCAAGGAGGUUCUCCCCAAGCACCUGGACCUCUGUUCCUUCAAGUCCGUCAGGAAGUUUGCGGAUGACAUCGUGGCCACGGAAGAACGACUGGAUGUCCUCAUCAACAACGCUGGGAUGCUUUCACCAAAGACUCAUCAAGUAACUGAAGACGGCUACGAAGUCACGUUCCAAGCCAACCAUCUCGGCCAUUUCCUCCUGACACAUCUUCUUCUCGACAUGCUGAAGAAGAGUGCCCCUAGUCGGGUCGUUGUGGUGGGCUCCUGCGGUCACACGUGGGGCUGGGUCGACUGUGAUAAUCUCGAGUUCAAGGACUACUGGUUCCCGCUCCUCAACUACUGCAGCACUAAAGUGUGUAAUAUGCUCUUCACCGUGGAGCUCAGCAAGAGGCUCAAAGGGACAGGUGUGACCGUAAACUGCGGACAUCCAGGGUUUGUCAGAUCGGACUUUGCUGCACGUCGUUCGGACAUUCAGACGUGGUUGUUCAACCAAGUUCUGAACGUGUACGGAAAGAACACUCUUCAAGGCACGCAGACGAUCCUCCAUCUGGCAAUAUCCGAAGAUGUCGCCCAUACGAGCGGCCGCUAUUUCUCGGACUGCAGGCCCUCCCGUCCCGUGCCAUGGGCCAGGAACUCGCACAAGGCGAAGCGCUUGUACGAGAUUUCGGAGCAAAUGACGGGCAUCAAGAACGGUCUCGGAAUCAUUUCUUCCAAAGAGUGACGAGUCGUAAACCGAACCGACAAUUGUCGUAAGAACUGUUAGGCGCCAAGUGCCGAUCAUCCUGCAUGAUCGAAGCAAAAGGCAGCCGAGAACACACGUCCGUACGGACGAGCACCUCGGCGCUUUCGAGAAGUCGGUGGUACGGUAUAUUGCAUAUAUCAACACUAUACGACGAGGCUGAACGUGCAGGGUUGGUAAUAAACGAAUUUCUGCUCGAACA